AUGUCCUCAACAACAUUCACCAAAGAACGCCACACAAAAUACUUCCUCCGCUGCCUCAAAACCCAACUUCCGCACCAAUACACCAGCGGUGACGGUGGGCGGAUCCUGCUCAGCUUCUUCAUCAUCGCGGGGCUCGACUUGCUUGGAUCUCUGCACACAGUCACAACCCCCGCCGAACGCCAAUCCUACAUCUCCUGGCUGUAUCACUGCCAACACCCUUCUGGCGGCUUUCGAGGAUUCACAGGAACAAUAUUCGGCGAUCCAACAACCCACAAUAAUGAUAAUAAGGCCUGGGAUCCAGCAAAUGUGCCUGCAACGUUCUUGGCACUUCAGACUUUACUGAUCUUAGGCGACGAUUUGUCACGUGUGAAGAGAAGGGAGUGUUUAGAGUGGUUACCGCAAUUACAACGUCCAGAUGGCAGUUUUGGGGACUUGUUGGGUGUUGGAGGCAAGAUCUCCGGAGGGGAGGAUCUGAGGUUUUGUUAUUGUGCGGCGGGGAUUAGAUAUUUGCUUCGUGGGCCGAGGGGGGCGGGUGUGGAGGAUGUGAGGGAUAUUGAUGUUGGGAAGCUGGUUGCUUAUGUGCAGUCUUGUCAGUCCUAUGAUGGGGGACUUGGAGAGACACCUUAUCGAGAGGCUCACGCUGGCUUGACAUACUGCGCAAUGGGAGCUCUCGCCUUGUUGCAUAGAACAGGCUCAAUAGACCAACCGGAAAUUCUCUCACCGCAAAGCGAGCGAUUCCAGUCUUUGCUUGGAUGGCUAGUUACGAGGCAGACAACGGACCUGGAGGAAGACGAAGAAGAAGAAGACGACGACGAGUCGGAUGCUAAUGAUAGAGCAUCGACAUCACAGCCAGCACAAGAAACACCAAACGCGACAAAUUUGGGUGAACAGAUCGGAAAAUUACCGGACUUUAUGCCACUUGAUCAAGCGUCCCUGAAAUGGGCGGGCUUUAACGGUCGGUUGAAUAAAUUGGCAGACACAUGUUACUGUUUCUGGGUGACUGGAACAUUAGGCAUAAUGGGCAAAAUACCACUCAUCGAUGCUCCUGGCUUGCGGCACUACCUACUUGACAAGACACAGCACAUCAUCGGAGGUUUCGGUAAGACCGUGGGAGAAGUCCCAGAUAUUUAUCAUGCGUAUCUGGGCUUAAUUAGCCUGGCAUUGAUCAAUGAGCCGGGGCUUGAGGCGGCGGAUCCGGCACUAUGUACGGGGCUCAGCUUGAUGGAGAAUUUGAAGAAGCUGCCGUGGUGGAAGGAGACAUAA